ACCAUUGACAAUAAUAUAUGUCUAUCUUUGUUAUUGUAGUUUCGAUUUCUACGACUUCUAAUGACAGUAUAUAUUUUUAGAAUGGAAAGAGGAUUAAAAGCAAUAAAUAUUAAUUUCAAACCAUUUUUAUGAAAACACGUGGAUUUAUCGAUAUACGUUAAGGGGAAGUGACUGGUUACGUAAUUGUCAUAUCAACAGGAAAAAAGUCGAUUACAAUGUGAGGUUAUGUUUGCCUUACUACUUGGCAGUCGAGUGUUUCGGACAGUCGUUACAGUUGCAUUCAAUAUGAAACCGAAAGUUGUCUUUGUUUUGGGUGGCCCGGGUGCAGGUAAAGGAACCCAAUGCUUAAAAAUUGUAGAACAUUUCGGAUACACACAUUUAUCGGCCGGCGAUUUACUCAGAGCUGAGAGAAAUAAUCCAGGUUCUCAGUAUGGUGAACUUAUUGAAAAUUACAUUAAAGAAGGAAAAAUUGUACCUGUAGAAAUAACGUGCAGCCUUUUAGAAAAAGCCAUGAAAGAGUCCGGCAAAGAAAAAUUCCUUAUCGAUGGAUUUCCCAGAAAUCAAAACAACUUGGAUGGUUGGAACAAUGUAGUUGCUAAUAAAAUCGACUUACAGUUCGUUCUUUUCUUUGACUGUCCUUUAGAUGUAUGUUUAGACAGAUGUAUCAAGAGAGGAGCCUCAGGUAGUGGUAGGACUGAUGAUAACGAAGAGAGUUUGAAGAAACGUUGCAAUGUAUAUAUAAAUGAAACAAGACCCAUCAUUGAACAUUAUGAAAAAUACAAUUUGGUUAAAAGAAUAGAUGCAAGUAAAACAGAAGCUGAAGUAUUUGAUGAGGUGAAGCAGAUUUUUCUUGGCAAUGCAGCAGGAGACCACUAGUAGCGAUAAUGUAGAUAAUUGAGAAUAUUUUAAGUUAACGUCAUGGUCAAUAAAAAUAAUUUUUAGGUAAAAUUGGUGAUUAUAUAGAUAGCGUUAUGCCAGUUUUUUCAUGGUAUACAUGGUAAUUUUAUUAAUAUGCAAAGUUUAUUUUUUUAAAUUAUUUAUAUAAGGGUAUCUAGAAACAACUACAAACACUAGAUGUGAUUUUAUGUCCACUUUCGUAAAAUAUGUUUUUCAAGGGUUUUUGUUUACUGUAAAUUUGAUACAAAUUUCCUAUUCUGCUUAAUUUCACUGGUAAUUCCAAAAUUUUGAGGAUUUUUCUGAAAAAAUAUUCUCCUGUUUGGAAUUCGCAGGUAUGCACCGUUUUUUAAAAAAAACAGUUACUGCUAUAGUUUAGGUUAAGCUUCGAACAAAAACGAUUUUGGCAUAGUUUUCCAGUUCUUCCUCUCUUUUUAUUUUAUUCAGCAAACUAGACAAUUUCUUCUUUUUUCUGUCAUCAUGUAUCUUAUAAAGACAUUUCGAAGUCUCAAACUCAAACUUUUUAUAAUUAUUAAUAUUAGUACUUGUAUGAAAUUUUCCCAGAUACAUGGAUCGGUAGCACGGGUGUAAUAAAAUCCCCCGCUAGAUCUUUUUUGGAUUUUUUCUUAUGACCGAAAAACAUUGCGGACAAGACAAAAAUUGAUAAUCAGGGCCAACUGAAAUAGAGAUAUUCCCAUACACAGCAACAUAACUACCACAACGUAUGCAGAUGACACUGGUAGGGUAGUGUCCAAUUGUAAUAUUAAACGGGCAUCUUCAGCAACAAUAAGGAAGUGCAAAAUAACUUGGAAUUCAUCUGAACCGACGACUAACCUGGAGCACACACAUACUAACCAAGAAAAAGCAAUUGGGUCUAAAACUCGGCAAACUGUACUAGUUAAUAGGUCAAAAAUAUCAACUAACAACAAUUGACAACAAGCUGCUAAUAUGCAAAGUCACUAAAACCCAUCUGGAGUUAUGGUAUUCAACUAUGCAUCCAACUCAAUUAUAGCAAUUCUAGAGAGAUUUCAAUUGAAAGUAUUCAGAAUUAUUGUAAAUGAUCCUUGGUAUAUACCCAAAAAUCACUUAUCCCAAAAAUAUUCUUACCGCAUGGAAAUCCAUUCCAACAUAUUGGCUCAACCUCUAAUGAGACCUCCCACCCAGAUCUAUUUUAGAUUGUUUCUGAUACCCGAAAAAUAUUUGGUACAAUACAAAACCUUGUAAUCAGGAUCAACUGAAAAGAGAAUACCAUUAAGAUCAAUACGUUUUUGCAUGCGUUUGAACCAAUUUUUUCCAUUCCGAAAGAAGCACCUCGAAACCAUGUUAUUUAAACACAACCACCGCUUCUUCAGAUGUACAAAAACGAUGUCCUCGCAAUUUUUUUUUGAUCUGCGGAAAUAAGAAGGUGCCAAACAAGGUAUGUACGGUGGAUGAACCAUCAAUUCGAUGUUACGACUAUUCAAAAACGUUUUUGUUCGAACUGAUGAGUGAGAGAUCGCAUUUUCGUGAUGGAGAAUGAUUCGUAUUCUGCGAUUGGUUUCUUCUUCUGGCAAACAAAUGCUGGUGUGCCGUUCUACGUUACUCCAAUCGAUCGGUGGCUAAAUGUCCAGUUAUUCCGAAAAAACAGGCGACCAUUUGCUUCAAAGUGCGUAAAAAUGAUUUUACGUUGGGUGUAUGUAAUGAUUGAAUUGUUCCAAUAAUUAGUUUAUAUAAGCAAUUGGAUUCAGGUUUCGCAACAAGUGGUUGUUAUGUAUCCUGUCUUUUUAUCAAUCGAAAUACCUUUCUCAACACGCCGACAGAUAUCCUAAAUUGUUUGUCCUGGUAUUCCCAUUCUUACAAACUGAUUUCUUCAGAUCUUUAUUUUGUUCAUAAAACUUGACAAUUAUUUCACGUCGUUCGUUUUCUUUUAGAUUUUCCAUACUUAAAACUAAACUUCUAACAUUCUCAGUCAACGCCUACUUGCUAAGCUGUUAAAAAAUGUACGGAUUUUAUGACUCCACACCCACACAUGUUCGUUCUUGCACUCCAUUUGAAAUUAACCCACAACCAGAAACUUUAAUGAAAAUCACGCACUACUUGCUUCUAAAGUAACUUCAAUGUGACCAGUAUCAUGUCAAACGACAAAGUACAACACUAACAUAAGUUAUCCAAAAAAUAAAGCAACUCUCUCUAUCAGUAGAAAGCGAAAGUACUUAAUUACCAACCUUAUAGAAAAACAUAUACUAUCUAUAGUUUGCAUUUAGCAGAAAAGUAUCCAGACAUCCUGUAUAAUGAGAAGAAUAAUAAUUGUCAAGUAUUAAGUAUUUAAAUUAGUUUUGACCUAAGUUUGAGUCACUUUAUUAUCAUUUCAUUAUUAUAUUUAUAAAAAAAAGUGUGACUUAGCUAAUUAAAUAAUUUUUAUAAGCAGAAAUUGGAUAUUUAAAAUAAAAAUGAUAAGAUGGAAUAUUCAAAUUGUUAGAUAGAUUAUUAGGUUGAAAUUGAUUUAUUAUACACUAAGGUAUGAUAAUGAAUUUUGAUUUUGUUAAAUAAUUGUACUUACACUGGAAACUAUAUAUGUAUGUAAUUUUAUAUUUAUGGCGAAAUAAAACUAUUCAUAGACUUAUUUUUA